AUGGCAGCUCCUAGUAGGAAACAGACGUUCAGGUUUCUCAGCCAGUUAGGAGCGUUUAUUUUAACCCGCUUCGGGUUUUGGAACUGCUUCAGCAUGUUGAUGCUGUUUGCCGAACGAGCGGACUCCAAAAGGAAGCCAGACAUCCAUGUACCGUACCUGUACGUGGACAUGGGGGCAGCAGUGCUCUGCGCCAGCUUCAUGUCGUUUGGGGUGAAGAGGAGGUGGUUUGCGAUGGCCGCUGCUAUCCAACUGGCCGUCAGCACUUACGCGGCGUAUAUUGGAGAGCAGGUGUACUACGGGGACUGGCUUAAGGUACGAAUGUAUUCCAGAGUGCUGGCCAUUAUCGGAGGCUUCAUGGUUCUGGCCAGUGGGGCGGGGGAGGUAUACAGACAGAAACCUCGCAGCAGAUCCCUGCAGUCGACUGGACAGGUUUUCCUGGGAGUCUACCUCAUCUGCAUGGUGUACUCCCUCCAGCACAGCAAAGAGGACAGGCAGGCCUAUCUAAACCACAUCGUGGGAGGAGAGAUCACUCUGAUGCUGCUGGAGGUUCUGUUCGGGGUGCUGGCCCUGGCCUUCCUGUCCGGCUGCUACAUCCGCCUGGCCGCACAGAUCCUGGCCACCGUCCUGCCUCUGGUGAUCCUGCUCAUCGACGGCAACCUGGGCUACUGGCACCACACCCGCAAGGUGGAGUUCUGGAACCAGAUGAAGCUGAUAGGACAUAACGUGGGCAUCUUCGGCGCUGUGUUGAUCCUGGCCACCGACGGUUGAACCCUCGCGCUCUCACAGAGAACUUUUACCGACCGAGGUGUCUGCGCAGGACGAGACUGAUGGCCUUUACGGCACAGCCCGACUUUGUACCGAAGGCUGCCGUUGCUCAGUGACCUCUCAGGAUAUUAAACACUCCAAGCUGAGACUGUUGGAUGUAAGCAGCGUCGAUUGUCUUUACCUACCAGUUGGUAACUUUUGCAAGAAAAAGAAAAAAACACGAGCUUCCUUUUUAGCAAUUUAAUAAUUUAUUCAGAUUCAUGUUUACAUUUUUGUCUCUGUUGCGCUCUGAAACAUGACACUGAGUAUAAGUACUUUAUACCUACAGGGGGAAUACCUUUUACUCCAAAAAUUAAAGUCUUAAAUGGUUUGAUAAUAUUUUACAAAUAAAGGGAAAAUUUAUGCUGUCUUGUCUGUGGAAUGGGAGGGUUACAUUUAUGGCCAUUUGGUGAUAAACACUUGCUUUCAACUUGCAUUCAUGUGAAAUUCAUUAAACUGAAUAAGCACAGCUGUUUAAUCUGUGUAAAUAGUAAUAAUUUUAUAUGAAAUGACUUAGUUUAGUUACAUGAUGGAAGUUCUGAGUUUGAGUAUUUUGAUCAUUACAAUAAUUAUUUCACUUUAUUGUUCAAACUGUAAUUAAACUGCAGUACUGUUUAUGAUGAUCUAUCUACGACCACCUCAACUUUCCAUAAAACCAUGUCAGCGUAGCACAGGAUGAAAGGCUGAAUGUAACCGACGCCUCAGACUAAAUUGGAUUUGGAGCUAAAAACGUAUGUCGUCCAAUACAGUCCUGCAAUGAAUCCUGCCUUAGUGAAGGUUAUUGUGUUCAGUUUUUGUUUUGGAGAGGUGUUGCUGUAUGGUCAUUUUGGAGGAUGUAGUUUAUGGUGUUGUAUUAUACUGACAGCACUUUCUGUUACUGAGCCUGACCUCAUUGAAACAAGUGUGCUGGACAAAAUAUUAAAAACACCUCUCUGUAUAAAACACUACGAUUAAGUAGCACCACAAACUGAGAACGUUUUUCUCUUGAGACUAAAAAUGCAUUAUUAAGUCAUUCAUAUGUGCAAGCCAGAAUUAAGUUAUUUAUGCAGUUGUUUCUCUUUUGCCAUUAAACAGUUUCAGUGUAGAUGUUAAAUAAAUGUUAAUCUCACUGAGAUACUUUAAA